ACUAUGUGUUACAAUUGGGGACUUAGUAAGCAUGCCUUUACCAAAAGACAAGGGAUGGUCGUGGAUGGUACUUAUAGGAGCCAUUACGCAAAUGACAUUGACCGGGGGACUGAAUAAGUCGGCAGGCAUUCUCUUCGUCGCCUUUCAAGAACGUUUUGAUUCGUCAUCAGCUACGACGUCAUUGUUGUCAACCGUACUAUAUCUGACAUACAGCAUAGCAGCCCUAUUUGUUAUGACAUUCGGCAUAAAGCUUGCUACAUGCCGAACUCUGGUGUUUCUUGGGUCUUUGGUCCACUGCAUUGGAUAUAUUAUUACUUCCAGAGCACAUGAUGUACGUGUGUUACUGGUUUCAUACGGAAUAUUUAUUGGGAUUGGAAAUGCAUUGACGCAAUCAACAUCACUGACUAUGGUCGGAUUUUAUUUCGACAAACGACGGGGCUUUGCUAACAGCUUGACCACUGCAGGAAGCUCUUUCGGCGGCCUGAUGUUUGCACAAGUUAUCACUUCAUUACUGGAUGAAUACGGAUAUCAGGGGCUGUUAGUUAUAGCUGCAGUGUCAUUACAUGGCUCUGUAAGUGCUGCUCUGUAUCGUCCUACAAAGUUCUAUGAGACCAGUAAUAGAAGUGAACCGGAGGAAAAACCACUGGCAAAAAUUGUACAUAACCAAAAUGAUCUUAUUUCUGAUAUCGAUUUAAGUAUACAUGCAAUCAACGAGCAGGGCAUACAAGAGCAGCCAAACGAGUUUGAUUCACGUGAACAUGAAAGUAUCAAAGAUAGACAUAGCAGCCCAGAUAUACCGUGUUUGAAUGCUGAUUUAGGAGCUUCUAUAUUGAAGAUCCAUAGGACCAUGAGCGAGUCCUCCAUAAACGACAGAAGCUCUUCUAGAAUCUCAAAACGUUCAAAUGUUUUUAAAACUCUAGCAAAUUUGUUUGAUAUAAGCGUGUUUUCAAUUCCGGUAUUUAUAGCUUUUGAAGUCUCUGCAAUUCUUCUAUGCCCCGCGACGAUGCUCAGUCCAGUUUUUGUUGCACCGCAUGCAAAAGAAUUACUAAAUGACACAAAGAAAGUACCAAUACUUAUCACAAUUCUUAGCUCUCUCGAUCUCAUUUCCAGAAUUGUGUUAGCAUUUAUUUCUGACAGUAGAGUUAUACGACGAUCAACUUUAAUAGCACUCUCUGCCUUUAUGAUUGGAAUCAGUAACCAUUGUGUUCGCUGGUAUACGAGCUAUGAGACAAUCAUAGCUCACAUAGUAGUUCUUGGCAUAUUCAGUGGGAAUUACCUUUCCCUGUACGCUGCAAUAAUCGUGGACUUUAUGUCAAUUGAGAGGUUACAAAGUGUACUAGGAUUUACAGCAUUGUUUCAGGGUUGUGCAGUCGCCAGCUCCUUUUACCUUGUCGGAUACUUACGCGACGCUACCGGCUCGUAUGUCAUGUCAUACCACGUGUUGGGGGCUAUGGUGAUUGUCGGUGGACUAAUUAUGUUGAGUCUUCCAUAUAUACAUGCAAGAUCACAAAAGAAAGACCUUAAGUUUAACAUACAUGAGUAAUACAUUUUCAAUUUUAAACCGUUUUCUUUUUGAUGUUAUUACUAUAUAUUAAAAUGUUGUUUCGUUUGUAUUUUGUUUAGCAUUCGAAUUUGUUAUGUUGUUUCGUAAUUUCUUAAGUUUAUUUAUCUAUGGCUCUUGUUUUUAGCUCGCCUAAGCACAAAGUGCUCAAUGUGAGCUAUUGUGAUCGCUCUGUGUCCGUCGUCGUCCGUCGUCAACAAUUGGACUGUUAACGCUCUAGAGGUCACAAUUUGGGCACAAUUUUUAUGAAACUUAAUCAGAAUGUUAACCUCAAUAAGAUCUUGGAUGAGUUCGAUAUUGGGCCAUCUGGGGUUAAAAACUAGGUCACCAGGUCAAAAUAAAGGAAAAGCUUGUUAACACUAUAGAGGUCACAUUUAUUACUGUAUCUUCAGAAAACUUAGUCAAAAUGUUAAUAUUAAUAAUCUCUAGUUCAAGUUCGAAUCUGGGUCAUGUGCGGUCAAAAACUAGAUCACCAAGUCAAAUUGAAGGAAAAGCUUGUUAACACUCUAGAGGUCUUAUUUAUGACUGUUUCUUCAUGAAAGUUUGUCAGAAUGUUUAUAUUUAAAUCUUUAAGUCAAGUUUAAAUCUGCGCCAUGUGCGGUCAAAAACUAGGUCACCAGGUCAAAUCAUUGGAAAAGAUUGUUAGCACCCUAGAGGUCACAUUUAUGACUGUAUGUUCAUGAAACUUAGUCAGAAUGUAUAUAUUAAUAAUCUUUAAGUCAAGUUUAAAUCUGGGUCAUGUGCGGUCAAAACCUAGGUCACCAGACCAAAUCAUAGGAAAAGCUUGUUAUCACUCUAUAGGUCACAUGUAUGACUGUAUGUUCAUGAAACUUAGUCAUGAAAAGCUUGUUAGCACUCUAGAGGUCACAUUUAUGACUGUAUGUUCAUGAAACUUAGUCAGAAUGUCAUAUCGCCAAAUAGUGAAGCUCGCUGUAUUACAGACAACUUUUGUACAAGUUUAAAGUUAACAUUAUGCGAAAUAAUGUUAGUUACAGUACUUUUUAUUGUGUCAAAUGCAUGUUUACUUUGAUUGUUUAUUU